UCAGAGGGCGCUGCAGCGGCGCGCGCCGGCCCGGCGGGCGCGGAUUGGCUGCGCGCGGCGGGGCGGGAAGGGCGCGAACGGCGGCGCGCGGAGCGGGGAUUGAGGAGCGCUCUGAGGCGGGACGGACCCGGCUGCGUGCGCUGAUGGCCCCAGCUCCACUCUGGCACUGACCGCACUGGCGCUGACCGCCCCAGCUCCGCUCUGGCACUGACCGCACUGGCGCUGACCGCCCCAGCUCCGCUCUGGCACUGACCGCACUGGCGCUGACCGGUCCGCCUCUGUCCCGCCGCUGACCGCCCUGGCACUCACCGCACCGGCUCUUCCCAGACGCUGACCGCACCGGUACUGCCCUGGCACUGACGGCCCCGGCUCUGCCCCGGCGCUGACCGCGCUCCCUCCGCCCGUGCCGGGACGCUUUUCCUCGGCCUGCGGUCAGGCCUCGCUGCCGGGCCGGACCCGUGGGAAGGGGUCCGGCAGUUUCGCUUUGUUUUGCUGGGAGGUCUCGCCUGUGCUCGUGUGGGUACGCCCAGGCUCCUUUGCCUGUCCGCCGUGUUCUUUGCGGGUUUUGCCCUCGCUCUUGCUGGUUUGUGCUCUGCGCCCUUGCUGAGUUUUUCCUGAAUAAACCCUUCCUGAGCGCUGCUUUGGGUACGAGGCACUCGAGAUGUUUUAACUGCAAACGUUCAGAAGUAUUUUUGGAUGUGAAGGAUGGACUUCUCAGUGAUUACCAUUGGACAAGUACAAAAUGUGCUUUCAGCUAUGCGGAAGAACUUGGAGUGCCCGAUAUGCUUGGAUGUGGUACAAGAGCCUGUUUCAACCAAAUGUGAUCACAUAUUCUGCAGGUUCUGCAUGUUCAAACUUAUCAGCAAAAAGAAAAAAGGGGUGGUGGAGUGUCCUCUGUGCAAGACUGAAGUUACCAAGAGGAGUCUGAAAGAAAAUUCCAGAUUUAAGCAACUAAUUGAAGGAUUGUUAGAAACUAUCCGUGCUUUUGAGCUUGACACUGGAGUGAAGUUUUUAAAGAGUCAUCGCCUUCCUAAGACAUCCACGGAGGCCACUGCUGCUGAGCCCCUGUAUAAAGAAAGUUCUGUCAUCCAAAGUAAGGGCUUCAGGAACAGGAGAAAAAGUGCUAAAGGAAAUGAACAAGAAAAAUUCACCUUGCAGGAAGCUAGUGUGAAUAUUCAGCUUACAGAUGCCCAAAUGUGUCACCCAAGAAACAAACCCCAGAAAUCUGAUCCUCAAAAGGGGACUUAUAUAGAGUUUGGCUCUGAAUCAUCUGAAGAGUUUUUUAAACAGGCAAGCAAAACUGGGUUUGAAGACAAAGGAGCAGCUCAGAUUUCUUCUCAAGCAAGGCUGGAAGAACUCGAGAGUGCCGAGGAAGGGAAUGAAAAUUCUUGCAGUGCACAGCCUGACAAGCCUUGGGCCAAAGAAAGAACACUACCAAGUGUCCUAGGUGAAAGUGAUUUCUCAAAGGAAUGCUUGAGCAAGAAAAGCCCUCAGAGCAUCGCUGGAUGUGCCCAGCCUGACCCAGUGAAUGGGACUGAGAGCCAGAGCUCUCCUUCGAGUGUUCCUGCUGAGGACCUGCUCCCAGAGCACAGUGACAGCACAGCUGAGGCCACUCCCACAGUGGAUGGGGACACAUUCUGUAAGAACACAGAAGAAAUGAAUGAGCACCAAGCCCAGUACAACAGCAAAAACCAAGAGUUUGGUUUAGAAGAUAGCUCAGAGAACAGGCUGGAUAAAAGCAAGGAAAUGGACACUGAGGUACAAAGUGUGAAAGCUGUAGAGGCAAAUGAUCCUGAGAAAGACUCUCCCCAGGACAAAGAACCUCCUCUGGAGAAGCUGCCUCAGCCAGAGACACUUCACUCUGCCACCCUCAAUAAAGUCUCCAAGAAGAGACUGAAGCAGAGCAUUCAGAAAGUCAAUGAAUGGUUUUCAAAAAGCAAUGAGAUUUUGUCUUCAGGUUCUUCCCUGGAGGAUGAAUCUGCUGCAUCAGCUGAUGUUUCAGGUGAAGGAGAUCUGUGUUUAUCAGAUAAAGAGUCCUGUGUUUCAGAAAAGACUGACCCUAUGGGAGAUUCCGUGGAAAUUGCAGCAGUGGAAGGAAAAAAGAGGUGGUCAAAAAAACAGACAGCAGAAAACAUCAAAGAUAAAAUAUUUGGAAAAACAUAUGUGAGAGGGAAAAAAUCAAAUCCCCCUUCUACCUUGAAAGGCAUUUUGCCUACUAGGAGAAAGGAAGAUGUGGCUGCUGCUAAGUCCCUGAGUAAUUUCAGCAAAGACAGACUCAAAAGAAAGAGGAAAAGUGCUGCUGUCCUGCAACCUGAGGAUUUCAUCAAGAAAAAAGAUCCAGAUGAGGCAGACAGGGACCCUCAGAGUGUUAACUGGGGCCUUGGAGAUGCUGAAAAGAAAAGAUGUGAUGAAAGUGUUGCUGUUAAUGAGAGUCACCUCUCUCAGAACAGAGCAAAUAAUACACCAACAGAACCUGAGGAGGGAGGAGAGUCCACUUGGAAGAAAGCUGCUGAGAAGGUCACAAGCAAGCACUGUGAUGGGGAGCCAGAAAUGUACAGCUGUGAUCAGAAAAGCACCAAAAAAAGAAAUUCUGCAGCAAAAAGGUGCAGGCAUUCUAGUAGAACUAUGUGUGCUCUGCAGUUAGUAGUGGAUAGAAGCUCUGUUUUCCCUGAUCCAGCUGAGCCACAGAUUGAAAGCUGUCCAAGCAGUGGAGAGCCCAGGAAAGCUGAUUGUGAGCAAAAUCCAGUCAGACGCAGCAGAAGGCUUCAGUUACUUUCUGAAGAAAUGGGAAAACAAACAAGGAAAGGAGUAAAGGGAGCAAGAAAGAAUAAAAGUGAUGGUGGAAGUUCUGUCUCUGGAGACCAGAGAAAUGUGGCAACCCACUCUGCUGAAUGCAGAGACCUGUGUGAGCCUCAGGAUGAGCGGGGUUACAGGCCAGUCACUCAUUUGGAGGGAGCUGAUCUGGAAGCAAAUGAAAUGCAGGUUAGUGUAAAGAAUUUACCUGACACUGCAGAAGCUGGAAAAAGUCUGUUCAAUCCUUUAUGCCAGCCUUCAAACUGUGCUUCCCCUGCACCUGACACAAGUUCUCAAGGCAGUGAAAUACUAGGCAGCCCUCUCCUCCUCCCGCUUCCUUCACUGUCUGCUGGGCAAACUGCUUCUCACCAGACUGAAGAGGUGCCUGAAUCACCUGCUGCUUUUCCCCACGAGUGUGGGCUUGAUUCACAGAAUGUUCCAGGGGACUCCAAAACUGAAAAGUUGCCAGUGGCUAAAAACGUUUUGGAAUUGGCUAAGGAAGCUGAAGACAGUGACUUGGACACGCAGUACCUGCGAAAUAUAUUCAGGCAUUCAAAGCGCUCCUCCUUCAGCCUUUUUCAGGCUCCCAGGCAGGCACGUGCAGUGCAAGAUUCUGCUGCUAAAACCUUAAAGCUGUCAUGUGCUGCUCAGGUAGAAAAUAAAGCUAGCAAACAAUUACAGCCAGAAAGCUUACAAGAGGAUGAAGCAGCUGCUCAGAACUUGAGCAGGGUUUUGGAGAAAGAAAAGCUUAAGAGCUGCGAGUCUGCCCGUGGUGAUCCUGUGCCUUGCUUUGCUGUCAGCACAGGAGAACACUGGGGUGACAUUUCCCAGGCUGCAGAGGAAGGGACUGUGACACCAGCAAGAGCAGGAGCUGCUCAGACUGAGCACAAAAAUGGAUUGCUACAAGAAGAGCACAGCAGUGAAAAGCCAGUGUCAAAUGAGAUAGGGAUAGAAAGUGAGUUGAGACAGAAUCUCAUCAAAAGUGAUGGAAGCCCAAGUGAUCAGAGUAACACAGAGAAGCAUGACUCCAGUCAAAAUGAUUUAAACACAGGCCAGGAAAUCAGCUUCAGUUCAGAAAGCAAUCAGGCAGGAAAGACUGAAGUUAUUGAUUGCAAAAGACCAAUUCUCCGUUUUCAAUCCACAUCAAUGAUUUGUCCUGCAACUUGUCAGCAAAGCCCUGCUGAAUUCAGCUGUGAAGUCACUAGGAGAAAAAGUAGCAAAAGAGAAAGGAAAUGUGUAAAGAGGAAUGGAGACCAAGCAACCCAAACUGUUAACACAGCAAUGCCCAAGUGUUCACCUGCAGGGGCUCUGGAAGAACCUCUCAGAGAGAAUCAUGAUCUUACAGAUUUGUCUGGAACCCCCAAUGGCUUACUGUGCUCUGGUAGUGAUAUUGAGGAGAACACCAGCUUAUGUGAAACUGAUAGGAAAGAGCAAUCUGCAGUGUUUGUAAAAGGUGACAAUGCCCUGGGAAAAGAACUGCACAACAGAAAUGCGAGUUCAAAGCCAAGAUCUCGAGGUACGACUCGAAGACGAGUGCAGAAACUGCCAUCUUCAGAUGAAGAGUCCUGUGAGGAUGAAGACUUACCAUGCUUUCAGGCAUUAAUAUUCAGCAGAUCAGCAAGCACAGCUUUGCAGAGUGAUAAACAAAUGCCAUCUGUGGCAGAGUGUCCAGGGAGUCCCAGCGUGUUGCCUCACACUGUGAGUGAUGAUGAAAAUAUUGUGCAGAAAGUGCCCGAAGCUGCCCUGAGCAAUGAGUGUGUUUCACCCAGCCAGGAGUCAGAAUGCUCUGUCAACUUAUUUUCUUCCCAGUCCAACAUGUCUGAAGAGUCACUGAAUGGAGCACAAGAACCAAAGAAGCCUUUAGCACAAGCUCAUGUGUCCAAACAAAUGAGCAGUGUAGAUGACAGUAAAGAAACUUCUCAGAAUUGCAGUGGAGGGCUGAAGACAGCCAAAGAUGAAUGCCAAAAAGACUCAGACAUGGGAGCAAAUCUAGGUGAAGCAUCUGGAGAUGACAGUGAAAUGAGUAUUGUGGAAGAUUCCUGUGGCCCCUUCUCUCAGGCUGAAAUCCUCACUACACAGCAAAAGAAUGCUAUGCAACACAGCCUGAAAAAACUUCAGCAAGAAAUGGCUGCACUUGAGGCAGUGCUGAAGCAGAAUGAGAGUCAGAACUGUGAAGGUUUUCCUGUCCAUAGGGGGCUGCCACAUCCCAGUACUGAAGGAAAAUUUGAAAUGGAUCAACAGAGAGAAGAAAAAAACAGGUCUCCAGAAUUGUUGCUUCCAUCUUCUAAUUCUGCUUUAACAAAGAGAUCAGAUCUGGAGAAAGGCCCUGAGGGUGACACCUGUGUUCUAAAGAACAAAACUCCCUCUGAAAAGACAAAACCUGUGCAGGAAGCAGUGCAAGAACACAGGCAGUGUCAGCUUGAAGCAGAAAAUGCGGAGGAGCAGAAAUCUGGGACCAGGCAAAACAGUGGAUCUGCCUCAUCAGAUCUUUUUGGAAAUAUGACCCAGACUCCAGAUAAAUCUUCCUCCUCUGUGAGGCUUUUUACACCUCAGACUGCAGAAGCCACAGAUGGGCCUGGCACAGCUCAGGACACUCACAGCAGUGACCCAGGACACAAAUCAAAGAGAAAUGAAUGUUUUCCUGCACCUGGUCUGCACAAUGCAACUGGGAAAGAAAAUGCUGCAAGCCCAGUUGUGACCAAGAGGAAAGAAAUGUCAAUUGUGGCAUCAGGGCUGAAUCACAGCGAGCAUUUGAUGGUCCAGAAGUUUGUGAAGAAAACUCGGAGCACUUUAUCUAAUCACAUUACUGAAGGAACAACCCAUGUCAUAAUGAAAACAGAUGAGGAGCUGGUGUGUGAACGGACCCUGAAGUAUUUCCUGGGCAUUGCAGGAGGAAAAUGGGUAGUCAGUUAUCAGUGGAUAAUUCAGUCUUUUAAAGAAGGAAAGGUACUGGAUGAGGAGAAGUUUGAAGUCAGAGGAGAUGUAGUCAAUGGGAGAAACCACCAAGGUCCCAAGAGGGCCAGGCAGGCCCUGACUGAAAAGAUCUUUAAAGACUUUGAGAUUUGUUGCUGGGGACCUUUCACUGACAUGACCACAGAGCAGCUGGAGUGGAUGGUGCAGCUCUGUGGUGCCUCUGUGGUGAAGCAGCCUGACCUGUUCUCACACACAGCAAAUUCUGCUGCUGUUGUGGUUGUGCAGCCAGAUGCUUGGAAGGAAGACGUGGAUUAUAGAGCAAUCCCCCAGCACAGCAACGUUGCCGUGGUAACUCGGGAGUGGGUCCUGGACAGCGUGGCUUGCUACGAGUGCCAGGAGCUCAGCGCUUACCUCGUGUCCUCAGGGUGAACAAAAUGAUUUAAAUUUACAGCACUGGAGGUGGAAUUACCCACUGUUCUCUAAGGCUUUACGUUAACUUAAAGGACUAGGUGAUUGUAAAUGUUAAACAAAUUUUAAAAGUUAGAAAAUGUAGUGUAUGGCCUCCUCAGAGAAAUGGUGAUACAUUAUUUGCCACUGCAGCCAGUUUCUGUUCAAAUACUUGGGGACAUUUUGGAGACACUCCUUUAAAAGAGGAAUAUUGGGCUCAGGGUUUGAAUUAAAACAUCCCUGCACUCUGGAGUAACCUCCAUAUUUUCAUUUUGCUUAAAUACAAACCCUGAAUGCUGUUUUGUGAUUCUUAAUGCAUCAGCCUUGGCCACUGAUUGGUUAUGGUGGUGUUGAAAACUCUACAAACAGCUUUCCUGUUGUGCAUCAAAGUGCCAAUCCCCCUAAACCACAAACACUGGCCACAGGUAAUGAUUGAGUCCAAACAGAAGCAAGGCUUAAAACCAGGAACGUGUACCAGAGCAGUGUCUGUGGCACUGUGAAAGGAUAAUAAACAGAUGCAUUUUAGUAUCCAGGUGACCCAUGAUAAGCCCAGUAAGAAUCUGCUUCUGAUAGUCCCUGCUUGCAAAAUGAGGCUGCAAAGAAAUUGGUUUUUAUGAAAGAGAAUCUCUUGCUUGUUUCUGUUGCCAAGCAAUUCAGUUUCAUACCUAAUUUUGUACUUUGAGAACAGAGCUGCUUGUUUAAAAAGAAAAAAAAAUGUAGCUAAGUUUAGAAAAAAUUUUUGUUAUAAGAUGCUGCUGUCUUGGAAGGUUACACAAAGUAUGUUUAUAAAUAUUUGAAUGCACAAAAGAAAUAAAAUUAUUUUGGCAAGUA